AUGCACAAACCAUCCAUCGCUCAGCUUGUCUACAAUGCGACCUUUCCCCGACCUCGUCCUAACGAUCCAACCUCGUUCCCGGCGCACAUUGCUAGGCAUCUGGUACCGGAGGUACGGAUCGAAACAUCGACAUUCUAUGGCUCGCUAGAUUGCAUUGAAGCCCAGUAUCCCGGGCUCGACUACACUUAUGAACCGCAUCGGAUGAGGCUGAGCCGUUUCCCCUGGCACCGCAAGCUUUUCAAAGUUUUUGACGAGUUGGGUUUAACUAGCUCAGAGAUCUCAUCUCUGUGCCGCUGGGAAGGCACGAAAUCAGCGCGCGAGCGAUACGAAAAGGAAGAAGGCGUCAAAGUUCGCGACACAACAGCCGAUAGCAUACCCCUUGCUUCGCCGACCCCACCUCCUUCCAUUGAAGUACAUUUCGUCGAUGACGAUGACGAUGCGGAGGACAGCUCAUCGGAGUCCGAAAUCGAGCUUAGUGGGAGAGAUAUCCUCAACGUUGCGACUACUAACGGUGGCGUUGGAUUUUACCCAGGACGAGACUCAGAAGAAGCGGACUCAAGUGAUGAGGAAAUAGAGAGCUACGGCGUCGAGUUGAAUAACCGCCUUAUGGCCGCAAGUGCCGCGCGGGAGCAAGGAGCAAAUGUGCCUCUGGAUAAUGCUUGGGAGCAGUGGUUUAAGGAGAUGGCCGAACGACGAGGCUACUCGGACAUGAUGGAUGCGAUUCGGACCGGCCAGCCGUUUGACAUUUUGUCCAGCAAUCCAACCUUAUCUUCAUCUACCUCCUCUUCUUCCUCCUCUCCUCUGCGGUAUGCGGCAACCACAGGUCUCUUGUUGACUUCGGCAUCAAUUGCCAACCUCUCGGCUCCCGCAACCUCCGCUGUUCGAGAGCGCCCUAGCCAUCCUCCCAGUACAGCCCGAUAG